CUCUACCAAGACCUCUUGGUUUGUGUUACGCUAGUGCGAUUCUUUUGGGGGAAGCAACAUGUAGCUGGUUAAAAUCGUCAAAGUCCAUUUGUAAAUUCCCCGUUUGAUGCACCGAUGGCUUGCAUCCUGUUUUGAAUACCUAUGGUUCUGAAUAAUACAAAAAAAUGAUAAAUAAAUUUGAUGUGAACACAGCACUAUCUACAGUAGAAUGCAUCGGUGCAUAUUUGCGCUCACGAUCGUGGAUUUGACAAGUGAGGAAACUACAAGCUUUUAACUUCUUCAUUUUGGUCAAGUUUUGUUCCGCUUCUCAAAUCGCCGACGAACACGAAGCAGAGGGUUAAAGAAAGAUGAAUACUACGGAUGCCAAAGAAUACCUUUCCAAACGUGAGAUCCCGCAGCUGUUCGAGAGCAUGCUGACUGGACUGAUGUACCACCGGCCGGAGGACCCUGUGCUCUUCCUGGAAGGCUGCCUGCAGAAAGUGCGGGAACUCGGGGGGCCAGAGCGUGUGUCCUGGGACACGUUCAUUACCCCUGAGCGGCGACCUUUGCCCCCGCUCAGUGUAGGCCAGGGCAGAAAGGUUGCUUCAAGGUCGGAAUCUGGCCCAGGCCCCGGGAUAGGUCCAUACCGCAGAUAUGAACGGCUACCCCCUAUCCAGGCACAGUAUUCAAUUGAAAGUGAUUCCGACAUGACUGAGACUUCUGGCUUGAUUCAGGAAUAUGACGUCUUUGGUCCUUCCAAACCCCGGCCACAGAUCAUUUUUGUUAUAGGUGGGCCGGGUAGUGGGAAGGGCACCCAGACCUCCAAAAUGGCACGCCACUAUAAUUAUGAGAGCAUCUCGGUGGGAGAAAUCUUACGGAACCAACUGCUGCACCAUGCUCCCAGUGAUAGGAAAUGGGAGUUAAUUGCUCAGAUCAUUGCAAAUGGGGAACUAGCACCACAGGACACGACCAUUGAGGAGCUCAAGCACCAGUUCAUCAAGAGGCAGGGUGCCGAGGGCUUCAUCGUGGAUGGCUUCCCCCGUGAGAUAUCUCAGGCCUUUACCUUCGAGGAACAGAUUGGCUCCCCGGACUUGGUGGUAUUACUAGCCUGCUCCAAUCAGCAGCUCCGCCAGCGUCUGGAGAAGAGAGCAGCCCUGCAGGGACGCCCUGAUGACAAUGCCCACGCCAUCGAGAGGCGGCUGGAAACUUUCAAGCAGAAUAUCACUUUGAUCGCCAAGUACUAUCAGGAGAGAGGACUGAUCGUGAGGAUUGAUGCUGAGCGAGAUGAGGAUGAGAUAUUCGCUGAUAUCAGAGCUGUAGUGUUGGAGAGGCUCUUUCCCAAUGGAGAUACUGGUAUAACUGACAGAGAUGCUCUUCAACCAGAUGAUGGGGAGGUGGAAAGACCAGAAGCCCCGGGAGAGGGCCAAGGAUUGCUCUUCACAGAGCAGAUUGCCGUGACAGAUAAACUUAAGGAUCACAAGAUAUUCUUUGUUGUGGGAGGACCCGGCUCCGGAAAGGGCACGCAGUGUGAGAGGGUCGCAGCAAAGUAUGGAUACACUCACCUGUCCACGGGGGACCUGCUCCGUUCCGAGGUCGACUCGGGGUCGGAAAGGGGCAAGCAGCUGUCGGCGAUCAUGCAGAAGGCAGAGCUGGUUCCCUUGGACAUGGUUGUGGACAUGCUGAAGGAUGCAAUGAUUGCUAAGGCUGAUGUCUCCAAAGGAUUCCUCAUUGAUGGUUACCCACGAGAAGUCAAGCAAGGCCAGGAGUUUGAGAAGAAGAUUGGGGCCCCAGAUUUGGUACUGUACAUUGACGCCAAGGAAGACACUAUGGUGCAGAGGCUGUUGAAACGUGGUGAGACCAGUGGCCGGGCGGACGACAACGAAGCCACCAUGAAGAAGCGACUGGAGAUGUACUACAAGGCCACAGAGCCCGUCAUCACUUUCUAUGAGGGCCGUGGAAUUGUGUGGAAGAUUAAUGCGGAAGCCCCGGUGGAUGAAAUAUUUACCUCCGUUGUUACUGCUAUUGAGUCGCUGAAAUAGUCUGGAUGUUGAAUUAACCGUUCCAUGUUGGCUUUUUGUAAAUUCCCAUCAUGCACAAACCAACCAACUGCUGAGUCACUUUGUUUAAAUGAGUCCCUUAAGAGAAACAAAUGGCCUUAACUCACACAACCCUCCCACAAUCAGCCUGCCUUGUCAUUGAUGCUUCACAAUUCUCCAGCCAGAUUUUUUCUCUACAAAUGUGCAAAUGUAUUGCUUUAUAUAUACUGUAUAUAUUUCUGCAAGCCCUAAAGCUUGCUGGACCAAGGGUCCAUGUAACGUUCAGCUGUCCUUUGUGCUUUGAGGCAAUAGACUUUCCCUUUUGUAUUCUAGGUAAUCUGUCAGAUCUCUGGAGCCAUGUUAUGUAACCAAAUGAAAUGGGAACCUCGUUCGCUUCCCUCCUUCUUAUUAACAUUUUUAGGUUCAGAAGUGUUGAAAUAAUUGCAGUCUCUUCUGUUUCAUUUUAUUUGCCAUUAGUGUGUUUUGAGCCAUCCAGUUUAGAUAUCCUAAUGGGAGCUAUGCCAUAAAUAGCAAGUAAAUCCGUCAAUUCUCACAGUGCAGAAUAAGGACACGCCUGAAACGGCUUCAUGGAAUCAGUGCUAUUUCAGGAGAGAGCAGCAGGGCCUGUGGCGUUUUCUUAGCACUGUUAGUGAUGUAAAGUUAUCGUGCAAAAGCACAGGUACCCGGCAGCUAAUGCAAUCAGAACAAAGUCUGCUUAAGGGAAAAUCGGAAGCACGGAGAUUUUCAUUUACUGUAUUAGAUUGAAUUUAUUAAAUGCAUUGUGGGUGUGUAAUAUAGGACAAAGGAACAUUCACUGCCCCAGAAAACUCCCAGGAGACAUGAGGAGACAUGUAGCAUAUACAUACUUGUAUAUAUAUAGAGAAGCAUAGUGAAUUAACUGUUUACAAAAUGAACUAUAUCCUACAGUGACAUUGUAGUCUACUGUAAUGUUUAGAAUUUUUAAUAGUUGUUUAAUACCAUUUUUUGUGCUGUUUGUGAGAAGUAUUACUUAUUUACCUAUGUAAAAAUGCUAUGUUCAAUUAUAAAUAUAUGGUAAAAAUAUAAAAUAAUACUUAUCAGGUC